GGCUCCGCUCCGCGCCCCGAAAGCUCGGGGGGCUCCUCUCCGCCCCCAGCCGGCCCGGGGGGCUCCUGUCCGGCCGCCGAGGAUGAGGAGGGUGUGACGGGCGGGACAUGGCCCUGUGAGAGCGGCCGCUCCUCGCCGCGCUGCCCGCAGCCACCAUGGGCUGCUGCUGCAGCUCGGACUACGACGAGGACUGGAUCGAGAACAUCGACAUCUGUGAGCACUGCAAUUACCCCAUCGAGCCCGACAGCAAGUACCAGAGGCCGAUCCGCAACGGCUCCGAGGUCCGAGACCCCCUGGUGUCCUACGAGUCCUCGUCACCUCCGUGCUCCCCCAUGCAAGAGAAGCUGGUGGUGGCCCUGUACAACUACGAGCCCAAGCACGACGGGGACCUGGGGCUGCGGAAGGGGGAGAAGCUCCGCGUGCUGGAAGAGAACGGGGAGUGGUGGAAGGCGCAGUCACUCACCACGGGACAGGAGGGGCUGAUCCCACACAACUUCGUGGCCUUGGUGAACAGCCUGGAGCCCGAGCCGUGGUUCUUCAGGAACAUCAGCCGCAAGGACGCCGAGCGGCAGCUCCUGGCCUCGGGCAACACCCACGGCUCCUUCCUCAUCCGCGAGAGCGAGACCUCCAAAGGCUCGUACUCGCUGUCCGUGCGGGACCUGGACGAGAGCCAGGGAGAGACGGUGAAGCACUACAAGAUCCGGAACCUGGACAAUGGCGGCUUCUACAUCUCCCCCCGCGCGCCCUUCGGGACCCUCAGGGAGCUGGUGCAGCACUACACACGCAGCUCCGAUGGGCUCUGCUGCCGCCUGGGCAAGCCCUGCCGGACGCAGAAGCCGCAGAAGCCGUGGUGGCAGGACGAGUGGGAGGUGCCGCGGGAGUCGCUGAAGCUGGUGGAGAAGCUGGGAGCGGGGCAGUUCGGAGAGGUCUGGAUGGGCUUCUACAAUGGGCACACGAAGGUGGCAGUGAAGAGCCUGAAGGCUGGCAGCAUGUCCCCCAGCGCCUUCCUGGCUGAGGCCAACCUGAUGAAGAAGCUGCAGCACCCGCGGCUGGUGCGGCUCUACGCCGUGGUCACCAAGGAGCCCAUCUACAUCAUCACCGAGUUCAUGGAGAAGGGCAGCCUCGUGGACUUCCUCAAGACCUCGGAAGGAGUCAAGCUCAGCAUCAACAAACUCCUGGACAUGGCAGCACAGAUCGCUGAAGGCAUGGCUUUCAUCGAGGCCAAGAAUUACAUCCACAGGGACCUGAGGGCAGCCAACAUCCUGGUCUCGGACACUUUGUGCUGCAAAAUCGCCGAUUUUGGGCUGGCCCGGCUCAUCGAGGACAACGAGUACACGGCUCGGGAGGGGGCCAAAUUCCCGAUUAAGUGGACGGCACCCGAGGCCAUCAACUACGGCACGUUCACCAUCAAGUCGGACGUGUGGUCCUUCGGCAUCCUGCUCACCGAGAUCGUCACCUACGGCCGGAUCCCGUAUCCAGGCAUGACCAACCCCGAGGUGAUCCAGAACCUGGAGCGUGGCUACCGCAUGCCGCAGCCCGAGCAGUGCCCGGGCGAGCUCUACGAGCUGAUGAGGCAGUGCUGGAAGGAGAGCCCCGAGGAGCGCCCCACCUUCGACUUCCUCAGGAGCGUCCUCGAGGAUUUCUUCACCGCCACCGAGGGCCAGUACCAGCAGCAGCCCUGAGGCUUCGGGGGGCCGGGGGUCCCCACACGCCCCACCUUGGACUUCCUCAGGAGCCUCCUCGAGGAUUUUUUCACUGCCACCAAGGGCCAGUUCCAGCAGCAGCCCUGAGGGUUUGGGGGUCCCCACAAACCCCACCUUGGACUUCCUCAGGAGCUCCUUGAGGGUUUUUUCACCGCCACCGAGGGCCAGUUCCAGCAGCAGCCCUGAGGCUUUGGGGGUCCCCA